AUUCCCUUUCUUUACUGUCUAUCCCUUGUUUGGCCUGCAGGUGGCAGUCGUGAGUCAGCACACUGGUCUCCCAGCAACAACUGUAAAUAACUCGGUGUUUCUGCUUGCUAGAGAGCAUCAGAGAGUAGAGGAGAAAUGAAUGAAACACUGGUUUGACCCUUGUCGUUUAAUGAACUAGCUUUAGGGAGUGUUAAGCGCAUCCUGGAAGCAAGACCCCAAGGCUGAAUUACAGAUCAGACAGGCAGCUGAUGAUUUGCUGGCGAGCCAAUGGGGCUGUUUGACAAGUUGGCAGCAUGGCUGGGGUUGAAGAAGGAGGUGAAUGUGCUGUGUCUCGGCCUGGACAACAGUGGAAAAACCACCAUCAUCAACCAACUCAAACCCUCCAAUGCCCAGGCACAAGACAUCGUCCCAACUAUUGGCUUCAGCAUAGAGAAGUUCAAGACAUCCAGUCUUUCCUUCACAGUGUUUGACAUGUCUGGUCAAGGCAGAUACAGAAACCUUUGGGAACACUACUACAAGGAAGGCCAGGCUAUCAUAUUUGUCAUUGAUAGUGCAGACAAACUGAGGAUGGUAGUAGCCAAAGAAGAACUGGACACAUUACUAAACCAUCCUGAUAUUAAACACAGGAGGAUCCCCAUCCUGUUCUUUGCUAACAAGAUGGAUGUCAGGGACGCUCUGUCUUCUGUCAAGGUCUCACAGCUGCUCUGUUUGGACAGCAUCAAAGACAAACCCUGGCACAUCUGUGCCACUGAUGCUCUGAAAGGAGAAGGUUUACCGGAGGGAGUCGACUGGUUACAAGAUCAAAUAAAAACAUUGAGAACGUGAGGGCAUGAAGAUGGACACACCAGAAGCAGCAGCAUCCGAGGAAGUCUUUUCUAAAAGACGUGUUGACCCUGUUUUCAGAGGUACCAUGGGAUAGUAAUGUUUUUAAUGGGUUAUUUAGAUGGUUCUUGGAUGUUUUCCUUCUCUGGUACCAGUAACACCAGUAACAAUGCAUCCACUGACACGGCUGAGUCAAUGAGAAACGUCCAAAUUGGCAACUUUAGCACAUUCAUUUUGGGCAAAUCCAUCCAAACAUUAUGGGUUUAAACUGAUAAAUAAAACUGCAGUAAAAUGGUAAAAUAUGUAUUCAAUUUCUAUUGAUAUUUUCAAUUGUUCACAAUGAACUACAGCUGCUCUGCUCUUACAUAAGUUAUUGUGUUUGGUGCUGUCUUCAUUUUAGGGAGCAUAAAUAUUUGGGAUGUCUUGUAGAAAAGACAUAUUGAUGCUUGGUUUAUUUUCUAUUUUAUUUUCCAUGUAUCUGACAAACAGGACAACAUAUUUCCCAGCUGGUUAAUUCAGAACGACACCAGUGGAGUAAACUCUUUCUCUGCAUCCACUGGCUCACAAUUACCAAAAUUAUACCAAUAUUAUUACACAUAAUGGGUUCACAUGUGAGAAGGCCUGUAAGGAAUGUCCUUUAGAAAUUGUUUCCACCUGUGAAAUAUGCCAAAUGCUCCAUUUUUUUCUUAUUUUCUUAUGUCUCUCAGGGCCUCUGUAGAUACAUUAUUAUUUGUGCUUGAAGCUUCACAUCAGCAGUUCAGUUAACUAUCAUUUUUUCUUAGGCAGAAGCAAUUUUUCUGGUAUUUGUUUCAUACAUUCGAGUGCACAGCGCCUUUGUCAAACUUGCAUUUAUAGGGCCAUCUCACUGUCACAUUAAAAACAAAGAGUUACUGUAUAUUUACUUCAGCUAAUACUUCAUUAGUUGUACAUAUUGUUAAUUGUGGCUAAGUGUACAUGUGUAGUUAACUUAGCUGAUAAAAACGAUUAUUAAAUGAAUGUCAAGUUAGUUUGCUUAAAAAUCAAAACAUGUCUUUACAAAGCUAUUUUUCAACCAGUGUUUUUAUCUUUGCCUUAUUUCAUUGCUCAAAGAAAAAAAAUACAAUCAAACAAGCUGCUUCAUGUACUUAACUCUGUACUUCAGUGAUUCAAAGGCAGACAACCAAAUCAUGUGCUCAAUCUG